AUGAAGAUUCUCACUGCCGUUCUCCUCCUCUUCUUCUUCAUCUUCGCUGCACCAUCCACCGCGGAUAUCAAUUCCGUCAAGAUCCUAUCCGAUAAUCGAGAUUUGAUCCUCUUCUCGAAGUUUGAGUACUCACAUACUGGCUACGUUUCUGUUGCAGUCUCCUCCGCCGGAAUCUCCUCCAAUCCGAUCACCUCCAACGCAUCACAACCAGCAGAUCCUUCACGUGUUGGUUUCUUCCUCGUCUCUCAAGAACUGUCAGAUCGCUACCACCUCCAACUCAAAUUCAGACCAAACCCUGACUUAUGCGCCUUAGAUAUCAAGAACAUCACAGUCCCCUUUACAUUCCGAGAUCUCUCACCUCCUCCUCACUCAUCCUUUAACAUGUCGUACCAUGUUACAUAUCCCGGUAACUACUUACUCUUCUUCGCCAAUUGCAACAACCAAUCUCUCGUGACCAUGAACGUCCGCACAGAACUCUACAACCUUCUAGACGACGGCACUACCACUACCAAAGAUUACUUAUCAGCCCGGGAACCGCAGCCAUCUGAUUACUUCAGAUUCUUCCUCAUAUAUCUAUGUUUUCUAGGGUUUUGGACCAAACUAUGCUUCAAGAACCAGCAGCAACGUUUUUAG